AUGGGAAAUCAAAACAAUGUGACAGAAUUCAUUCUUUUGGGCAUUACAAAGAAUCCAGAGCUGCGGAAAAUAUUAUCUGCUAUGUUUCUAAUCAUGUAUGUGGCCACAGUCAUGGGAAACCUACUCAUUAUGGUAACCGUGAUCACAAGUCAGAGUCUGAGAUCACCCAUGUAUUUUUUCCUUACUUCCUUCUCCCUCAUGGAUGUCACCUACUCUUCAGUCAUUGCCCCCAAGAUGAUUGUGGACUCCCUCUCUGAGAGCACUACCAUCUCCCUGAAAGGCUGCAUGACCCAGCUCUUUGCAGAACAUUUCUUUGGUAGUGUGGGGAUCAUCCUUCUUACUGUUAUGGCCUAUGACCGCUAUGUGGCCAUCUGUAAGCCCCUGCACUACCAGACCAUCAUGAGUCCUCAGGUGUGCUGCCUGCUGUUGGGAGCAGCCUGGGUGGGGGGAACUACGCAUGCAACGAUACAGCUUCUCUUUAUGUACCAAUUACCCUUCUGUGGCCCCAAUGUCAUUGAUCACUUUAUAUGUGAUUUGUUUCCAUUGUUGAAACUGGCCUGCAUGGACACGCAUAUCUUGGGACUCCUUGUCAUUCUCAGCAGUGGGGGGAUGUGUGUGACCAUCUUCUUUAUGCUCAUUGUGUCCUACAUGGUCAUCCUCUGUUCUUUGAGGUUUUGCAGCUCUGAAGGUCGGCGCAAAGCCCUCUCCACCUGUGGCUCUCAUCUUACAGUGGUUGUCUUGUUCUUUGUGCCAUGUAUCUUCUUGUACAUGAGGCCUGUGGCCACUUACCCCAUAGACAAGGCAAUGGUUGUGACCUUCACCAUUGUAGAACCCAUGUUAAACCCCUUGAUCUACACCCUGAGGAAUGUGGAGGUGAAAAAUGCCAUGAGGAAACUUUGGAUGAAGCAAGAGACUUCAGUUGGCAAGUGA